CCCAAUCAGUCAGGAUAUGAGGCGACAGAAGAAUAGAAGCCCCUCCAGAAGGAUUCGUGAAUCUGAUUUGAUGGAGGGAAGGAGUUAUAAAAACAUUAGAGGAUACAAUACGCUAGGAAAUUUAGAGACCAACUGUUUCCAAAGUGGAAUAGAAAAAAGAAAUGAGUCACCAGAGAAGACCAAUACUCCGAAGAAGUUUAGAAAUACAAAGCACUCUGAAGAUUCAUGGUCCAAAGAAGGAGAUGUUAGUGAGGAUGAUGAAUCAAGCAGCCACCCUCCCUGUCACCAGUCUCUCUCAACUCUCAGUUCUGAAGGUGUGUUGUCUGAGGAGGACAUGACUAGCAAUCGCUCUGGUCAUCAAGAUGGCAGUGGCGGUAAUGGCUUGUUGUCUACGGGCAGUGCAGAAAAUUUACAAGCAGAGCUGACAAAGUUUACAAAUAUACCUGAUGGGUUGUCCGACAGGGAGAAGACUGUCAGGAAGAUGAAGAAUAAAGUCAACUCCCCUGACAGAAUAUUUGAAACAGAAGUCAAUACUUUCCAAGCUAUCAUUGCCAGUAAUGGUACAACAAGCUAUGCUAUAUCAAUGUACCAAAAAGGUGGAAUGAAAUGGGAGUUUGUUCCAAAUAGAAAUAUUUAUGUUGGACAUGUCUCUGACAAAGCCCUUAAAGAUUACAAACUAACAUUUUCGAGAAAAACAGUUAGUCUUGGUUCUGAUAUUGGAACAGCAGGUCGUGAAGGCACUUACAUUGAUAUUGUUGGUGCUUCUGAAAACUCAGCACAAAACUGUCUAGACUUUUACUACAAAAAUUUGUAUCUUGUUAGUAACACACAGUUUCAAAACAAUAUCAGGUCACUGUUGAAAUGCCCAUGUAGUUUAGAGAGACUGGACUACCAGUGGACACUUGUUGAAAAGAGAAGCAAUGACAACAUUUACUGCUAUGCAAUAUCUUCCAUUUACAAGAGAAGGGAACUACCAAAUAACUCUUUAAACAGGCUUUGCUGUUACCAAUAUAAAAACCCAACUAGUAACAGUUGGGAAGCAACACAACAAGCUGCUAGAGAAUCAUUCUAUGUUUCUGGUGUAGCAGAUUCUGGAAACAUUUUAACAGAAAGUCCUUUCCCAGAGAACAGACGUCAGUCUUUGGAGAAAGAUUUAACCCCCAAGAUUUGGUGUUGUCAGGAAUCAGAUCUUUGUGAACUCUACAGUAAAGUUCGGCCUGACCCUGGGUGUACUUUAGACUCACCUUUUAUCUCUGCUUCCUCAUUUGGUGAUCCUCACAUUAACACAUUGGAUGAUAACGAGUAUACACUAAAUGGAUUGGCAGAGUAUAUUAUGCUUAAUGUUCCUGAAAAAUUUAUGAUGCAGGCAAGAACGGAUCGUGUAGCGCUAUCGAAUGAAUCAUUUACCAAUGCCACAGUGUUUGUAGCUUUCGCCGUCAGUGAGGACAAUCGCUCAUCUACAUUACAAGUUGAACUUUCCCUGAAGAAAACUUCCAUGAUUAUCUAUGCUGACACUAUAGACUUCACUACUGACUUCUAUAAGACCUCCGCCUUCAAGCAAACUCUAAAGAAUUUCGUCAUUUUGAGAGAAGAUAGUGGAAAUAAAACAAGACUGGUGGCAUCCUUUACAACUGGUAUAACAUUGAAAAUAUUUAUGGGUUUACAAAGUCUUGAGUUCACAGUACAAGCUGACAUUAAGUUACGAAACCAAACCCAAGGACUUCUGGGUAACUUUGAUGGGAAUCCAAACAAUGACUUUAUCCUGCCGAAUGGUACAGUGUUGACAGCUAAUCAGACUAACACAGAGAGGAAAAUAUUUGAAAACUUUGGAAAGAUGUGGGAAGUAAGUGAUAACGACACUGUCUUCGAUUACAAUUUUGGGGACACUGCAGCUACUUACAGACAUCCAGAUUUUGUUCCAAUGUUUAUAGAAGAAGUUGAUCAAGUAAAACUAGCAGCAGCUCAAGCUAAAUGUGGCUUUUCCAAUGUUGCUUGUAAAUUUGAUUAUAUUGCAACUGGAAAUGAUGAAUUUGCUAAAAACACUAAGAACACAAAAUUAGAGACUAGUGCUGCUGUUGCAUCUCUUAAAAACAGUUUACCUGUACUCAACUUGAAUCAAAGUUUGAACAAUGACAGCCAGUGGGAGGUGACAGAAAACAGAACAAACGCCAUAAGAGUUGUAGCAACAGAUGCAGAUAAAGACAAUGUCACUUAUAAACUAGUCAGUCCAUCACCUAGAGUCAGUGUAUCGGGUGAUGGUAUUAUUACCUACAGCCCUGAUGUUAGCAACAUUGUUUCCAUUCAAGUCUAUGCCGUAGAUUCCAAAGAUGGCCAGUCUAAUAUAAUCACUAUACCCACUGCAACAUGUAGCAACUGUAGUGGACAUGGGCAGUGUGAUAAUAGCAGAGUACUUACUGUUUCUGAUACUUCAAUUUUGUUUGCCUGCAACUGUUUUCCUGCUUAUACAGGAGAUUUUUGUAGUGAGAACUAUAAUGCCUGUAGAGCUAAUCCUUGUGCUGUGGGUCAAAGCUGUACAGACCUGACACCGGAACAACAAGGUAUGAAUCAGACAGGCUAUGUGUGUGGACCUUGUCCAGUUGGAUUUGAAGAGCAAGGGGGCAGAUGUAUAGACAUCAAUGAAUGUAAAGAUAAUUUGACAUGUCCACAAGGAUGUGAAAACACUGUUGGAUCCUACAUUUGUAGCUGUAACAUUGGUUUCAGAUUGAAUACACUCAACACAAGCAUUUGUGAUGAUAUCAAUGAAUGUGAAGAGAACAUAGAUGACUGCUCACAAACUUGUGUCAAUGCAAUUGGAAGUUACUCUUGUAAUUGUUUCAAUGGAUAUACUCUCCAAAGUGGAGUUUGUGAAAAAAAUUCAAGUAAUGUAGAGCUGUGCCAAGCCCUGAAUUGUUCCCAGCUAUGUUUUGUUAACAAUGGUAUAGCAAGGUGUGAUUGUCAAGUGGGGUUUGCACUUCAGGGAGAUAACAAAACAUGCACAAAUAUAGAUGAAUGCAGUCUUGCCAAGAAGCCCUGUAGUCAAAUUUGUACAGACACUUAUGGCAGAUUUACUUGUUCCUGUUAUGCUGGUUUUAAACUAGGAGCAGAUAGAACUUCUUGUACAGCUUGUGAGAAGUCCUUCUAUGGUGUCAACUGCAAUCAAUCCUGUCAGUGUAGUGGGCACGGGACAUGUGAUCCUGUCAGAGGCUGUGUAUGUGACAUAGGCUGGGAGGGAGUCAACUGCAACAAUGAUAUUGAUGAGUGUACACUAAGGACAGACAACUGUUUGAUUGGUGAUGUUUGUGUUAAUGCUUUGGGAAGCUAUUCCUGUGUUUGCCCUAUUGGAUAUGUUAGAAAUGGAACUUGUCAAGAUAUAAAUGAAUGUGUUGAUCCUGCCCUAAACAACUGCAACCCACUUAUUGAAGAUUGUGUCAAUAACUUUGGUAGUCAUGUCUGCAACUGUAAGCCUGGAUAUGCAAGAAAUGAUAAAGGGGACUACAUUAGUAUGUUCCACAUCAAAUAA